AUGGCGACUGAGAGCGGAGAGGAGUUAGUGAAGGUCCCAAAGCCAGAGCUGGAGAGACUGGGGAGGCACUUCACCCACUGGGCGGACGGGCUGCUGCGCCUGCGCCCAGUUUAUGCAAAGGUGCAUUCCGGAAUUUCCUGCCAGUACAUAUGGCACGGCUAUCAGGAGUACAUGCAAGAUACACAAGCAACCCAAUGCCAUGGGAGAGUAAACGCAGCAUGGUCGUGUCUACAGUGGAUGGAGGAGGACGUGGUGGUGACAGGCUUCCUGAAGACGGGCACCACGUGGCUUCAAGAGAUCCUGUGGACUACGAGGAACUACCCGAACCUCGACCACCCACUCGCCAACACACCUAUCCUUGACCGAGUCCCGAUCAUUGACACAGAUAUGUACAUCAACCCGAAGGCCUUUCGAUCCGUAACGCCGAGCCACCCACUGAAACCGAUGCUGGAUGACUUCAGGAGGAAGCGUCCGGACGGAGAGGCCACGCACGGCAUCUACAUCCAGAUGGCCGGAGUGCUGCCGGAGCCCAGGAUCCUCAAGACCCAUUAUCCGUUCUCUGUCCUUCAUCCGGACUUGCUUGAGCACACUAAAGUAAUUACAGUCUCUCAUCCAAAAAUCGUGUCACUGCACCACGUGAGUUGCCUCUUCAAAUACAACAAUUACACUGGCACUCUAGAGCAAUUCGUUGAUUACUUUAUUGAUGGGGACGUGGUUCAAGGACCGUACUGGCUGCACGUGAAGGAAGCCUGGGAGCGAAGUAACCACCCCAACUUACAUUUUCUUAUCUACGAAGAUUCAUUCAGUCUGGCAUAUGGCAUUAUGUGGCGAAAAAACUAG